AUGGCCACUAAAGACGAAUGGAAUCCGUUAGUUGAACAAGCUGCUAAUGAGCUUGCCGAAAGAUGGAACAUCCAAAAGACAGCUAUACCAAUCCUGGCUGAAAUGGACAAAGUUACAUUGACAUGCAACAAACAAGUCCAUGCCACAUCUGAAACUAUCCAAAAGGCUCGAAAAGAUACAGCCGAUACCCAGACUAUGAUACAAUCCUUACGAGAACAAGAUAAAGCACUACAAUUGGCUUUUGAUCGUAUAGAUCAACUGGAAUCGAUUAUUCAGACUGUUAAGGAUACUUACAACAAGGUGGCGGAAAGUGUGGAUACAAUUGAAAAGGCGAUCAGCUUUAGGAAUAUUGUGUACAAACUAAAGAAUCUUAAUCAUUUAAUAUCAUUCUAUUAUGUAUUUCAACAUGAAAACGAAAACGAAAAUACUAGCCGGUCAGACGUUCUACGGCACCUGUCAACCAACCAUAUUUUCCUCCUCCUCCUAUAA